UGUAGCGCCCGGCAUCACAGGACACGUUCAAACAGACAGACAGACAGACAGACAGAGAGACAGACACACAAGCAGAUAUGGCGGAGCACAAGAAGUUACAAGGGAAAUUCAAAUCCAACAUUGGUUACGGAACUCUGCCUGAUCUUCAUACCAGAGUGGAAGUGGACGACGAGAAGGGCCUGAUCGAGACGGAGGCUUCAGAGGCGGACCAGAGCGGCUACCAGAGCUCAGGGCAUCCGAGCAACGGCAGCAACACCAGCAGCCACUACGUCAGUCAGUACACGAGUAAAAGGAGCAGUGUUGCCAGCGGGAAGUAUAGCACGAAGGAAGGGAAGUACGAACUGUGGACAGGUCGAGGUCGCAGUGACAGUUUUAGUAGUGAUGGCAGCGGAAGCAGUGACGAACUGUUCACGCGGUCGGGCAGUUCGACGUCCUCCCUGCACUGCCACGACGCCCUGACUGAGCCUCCUGAGGACCGGCGCGCCUUCAUUAAGCUCAGCGUGGCCUCCGUUCUGUCGCUCGUGUUCAUGGUCACCGAAUACGUGGGCGGCUACUACUCCUCCAGCCUGGCGGUCCUCUCCGACGCCGGACACCUCCUCAGCGACUUCUGCGGGUUCGCUGUCUCCCUCGUCGCCCUGUGGCUCGUCCGGCGGCCUCCGUCGCGGUCGAUGAGCUACGGGUACUAUCGGGCAGAGGUCCUUGGGUCGGUGGCGAGCGUCCUCAUCGUGUGGGUCGUGACCGGCCUCCUGGUGGCAGCGGCGGUCGAGAGGGUUAAGGGCGAGGAGUACACGCUAGAUCCCGACAUUAUGCUCCUUAUGGCGGGUCUCGGGAUCGCCAUCAACGUGGUCAUCGCCCUCGUCCUCCACGGCUGCGGGUGCCACGGCCGCUUCCACAGUGCCUACAAGAGCGAGCGGCAGAAUAUUAACGUGCGGGCGGCGCUCGUGCACGUGGUGGCCGACACCUUGCAGACUGUGGCCGUCAUGGUUGCAGCGCUGGUGGUGAAGUUCUGGCCCGAGUACAAAAUCGCCGACCCGAUCCUGACCUUCGUGUUCGGCUUCAUCGUGAUGGUGACGACGCUGCCCAUCCUCCGCGACCUCGCCCACGUGCUCAUGGAGGGCACGCCGAGGAACGUGGACUACGGCGCCCUCCUCAACGACCUGGAGGGCCUGGCGGGCGUGAGGACGGUCCACAACCUCCACAUCUGGUCCCUGACGCUGGACAAGAACGCCCUCUCCGUGCAUCUGGGGAUCGACCAGAGCUUCGACACGGACACGGUUCUCGAGGAAGCCCAGCGGAUGAUUCGUCGGCAGUACCACGUGUGCAAGUCCACGAUCCAGGUGGAGCGUUAUGCCCAGGAGAUGGACAGCUGCAAGAAGUGCCAGCCGAUUAAGUGAGAGGUGGAGCGAGAGGAGAGAGG